CCUCCUCCUCCUCCUCUUCAUCCUCCUGCACGAGGAUGUGAGAGCAGCAGCAGCAGCAGCAGCAGCGGCGGCAGCGGCAAGCUGACAAGUUGACGACCAAAUUUUCAGACGCCGUGCCAUGUUACACAGCACACGGCAUGCUUCGACUUUGUUAAGCGGCAACAUAAAGCAGCCGGCCGGCCGGUCGCCUCAGCGGAGGAGCGGAACCUUCUCAGCCUGCAUUUGAUGUCCGCCGUGGAGCCGUCCGCCGCCGUGCCGUGCUCGAGAUGCUUUGUGCCUUCCGGCUGAGCGGACUUGCUGCGUGACACCUCGGCCCGUGGCAGCAAAGUUCCCCCUCAUGGGCCCGCGUGACCUGACGUCGGGCGUCACGGCCAGCGGGCGCAGGAUGUCCGAGCAGUGGGCGGCGUCCGUGACGGGAGGGCGUCCGCGCGUGGUCGGCGGCGAGCGUCCGGCCAGCGUCCGCAAGCGGCUCGUCGCCGCCUUUGCGCUGUCUGUGGUGACGCUGGUGGCCGUGGCCGCCGUUGCCGUGGCGCUGGCCGUUCGCUUCCAGGAGUGCGGGGGAGGAGACGAGGAGGAGGAGGCCGGGGGCCCGCCGGGCACCGACAGGCCGAGCGGCGGCAGGGGGGAGCGGGUGUCGGCGGCCGAGGAGGAGGAGCCGUGGAGGAGGAGCCGGCUGCCCGACGCCGUCAGGCCGCGCCACUACGACCUCAACGUGGCCGUCCACAUGGACAACUUCACCUUCUCGGGUGACGUCGGCAUCGACGUGGAGUGCCUCAAAGCCACCAGGUUCAUUGUGCUGCACGCCGACAGACUGGAGGUGUCGAGCGUGGCGGUGACGGCCAAGCGGCCGGGGGGCGGAGCCGUCCGCGUCCAGCGCCACUUUGCCUUCCCGGCCAAUCAGAUGCUGGUGCUGGUCCUGCACCGAGAGCUGAGAGCUUCCAGGACGUACCGCCUCGACGUCACCUUCGAGGCCGCCAUCGAGGACGAGCUGCUGGGAUUCUUCAGGAGCUCCUACGGCCUCGGCGGCCAGAGACGGUACCUGGCGGUGACCCAGUUCAGCCCGACGCACGCCCGCAAGGCCUUCCCGUGCUUCGACGAGCCGGCCUUCAAGGCCACCUUCUCGCUCAGCCUGCGUCACCACGCUCGCUACACGUCGCUGAGCAACAUGCCGGCGCUGGAGGACGCCGCCGGGGAGGACGCCGCCGGGGAGGACGGCUGGACCACGCGGCGCUUUGCGCGCACGCCGCCCAUGUCCACCUACUACCUGGCUUGGGCCGUGUGCGACUUUGCAUCCAGGGAGACCAGCACGGAAGGCGGAGUGACGAUCCGUUUGUUGGCCCGACCGGACGCCAUAGCCAGCGGUGCGGGCGACUACGCGCUUCACAUCACCAAGCGUCUUCUGGCCUUCUACCAGGACUUCUUCAAGGUGGCCUACGCGCUGCCCAAACUCGACUUGCUGGCGGUGCCCAAGCACCCGUACGCCGCCAUGGAGAACUGGGGCCUGAGCGUCUUUGUGGAGCAGAAGAUCCUCCUGGACGCCCAAGUCUCGUCGGCGUCCUACCAGAUGGAGCUGACCAUGGUGGUCGUCCACGAGAUCUGCCACCAGUGGUUCGGCGACCUGGUGACGCCGCUGUGGUGGGAGGACGUGUGGCUGAAGGAAGGCUUCGCCCACUACUUUGAGUACGUGGGCACCGACUUCCUCUUCCCCAAGUGGAACAUGGAGAAGCAACGCUUCCUGACGGACGUCCUCCACGAGGUAAUGCUGCUGGACGGCCUGAGCUCCUCUCACCCCAUCUCGCAGGAGGUGCGGGACGCCGCCGACAUCGACCGCGUCUUCGACUGGAUCGCAUACAAAAAAGGGGCGGCGCUGAUCCGUAUGCUGGCCAACGUGAUGGGACAGCGACUCUUCCGGAAAGGACUGAACGAUUAUCUGCUGAGUCACAUGUACGGCAACGCGGCGCGCGACGACCUCUGGAAGAAACUGUCUGAGGCCAUGCGCUCCGAAGGGCGGGACAUCGACGUCGGCGCCGUGAUGGACAGGUGGACUCUGCAAAUGGGUUACCCCGUGGUCACCAUCAGCAAGAACCCGGCGGGGCAGCUGGCCACGCGUUACAUCAGCGUCAGCCAGGAGCACUUCCUCUACGGACAGGACGGCGGGCGGGGCAACAGCAGUUUCCAGUGGCAGGUGCCGUUGACAGUUGCCGUGGGAAACGGCUCCCGGGUGUCUUCGGAGACGCUCAUCUGGAUCCACAAUAAGACAGAAAGUCACGUGAUGAGCGAGAUGGACGACAAGACCUGGUUGCUGGGCAACAUCAACCAGACGGGCUACUUCCGCGUCAACUAUGACCUCCAAAACUGGAAGCUGCUGAUUGAGCAGCUGCACGCCGACCCGCAGGUCAUCUCUGUCGCCAACCGCGCCGGGCUCAUCGACGACGCCUUUAACCUGGCCAGGGCGGGUUACCUCCCGCAGGGCGUGCCGCUACAGCUGAUGGCCUACCUGCCCGAGGAGGCGUCCUUCCUGCCCUGGCACGCCGCCAGCCGGGCGCUCUACCAGCUGGACAAGCUGCUCGACCGCACUGACGAUUACAACCUCUUCAGCGACUAUGUGCUGAAGCAAGUGGCAACGCGCUACCAUCAGAUGGGCUGGCCCAGCAACGCUGUUAAUGGCGAAGGCGGCGUCCUGCAAGCAGCUUACCAGACUGAGGAGCUGCAGCGGGAGCUAAUCAUGUUAGCGUGUAGCUUCGGAAACAAGCAGUGCCACCGACAGGCCGUGGCGUACAUCUCGGACUGGAUCUCCAGCAACAAGAACAGGAUCCCGCCCAACAUCCGCGACGUGGUCUACUGCACGGGCGUGAGUCUGAUGGAUGAAGACGUCUGGGAGUUCAUCUGGAUGAAGUUCCACUCGUCAAACGCCGUCUCCGAGAAAAAGAUCCUGUUGGAGGCGCUCACCUGCUCCGAUAACGCCUUCCUGCUCAACAGGUUGCUCAACCUGUCGCUGACGUCGGAGCUGGUGGCCGAGCAGGACGCCAUCGACGUCAUCAUCCACGUGGGCCGCAACCCUCGAGGCCGCAACUUGGCGUGGCGCUUCUUCCGCGACAAGUGGGACGUCCUGGACGCCAGGUACGGUGAGGCGCUCUUCAUGAACUCCAAGCUGAUUAGCGGCGUCACCGAGUUCCUCAACACAGAGAAGGAGCUGGACGAGUUGAAGGAGUUCAUCCGAUCCAGUGGAGAGGGGGCGGGCCCCGCCAUGCCCCGGGCGCUGGAGAUCGUGAAGGGCAACGUGCGCUGGCACCGCCUCCACCGGCGACACUUGUACCAGUGGCUGCGCAAAGGUCCCGUCCGCCGCUCUCCGCCGGGCGACGUCUCGCUUGCAGCUUAACCACUCGGAAGGACUCGUGCGAUUGAUUCUCGCUCACUUACCGGCCGCACCCGGAGAGAACAAAAGCAAGUGGGCGGCCGUUAGCGGCGAGUGGCUGACAGUCACGUGAGUGACGCUAAUGUCAGAUAGCAGGUUUUGUCAUCAGUUGGGCUCCGAACGCAUCGGCCGGCCGCAGCAUGCCUUUUUGUGACAACUCGUUUUCUUGACUUUGUGGACAAAA